AUGGAUGCGCUCUCCGUAUUGUCGCUCGCAACAGCAAUCAUCACUUGUAUAGAUUUCACCGGGAAGCUGGUCUUGGGGUCGGUCGAAAUUUACCAAAAUGGUAGAAUCAAAGAGAACGAUUCUUUGAACACCGUCUUUCAGGAGCUUGAUUCAAUCGUGAAGGGUCUCGAGAUAAAUGUCAGUAUGAACACCGUUUCGGAAAGGCGAAUCUUCGCGAUAGCGGAGAAGUGCCGAGAAGACUCAAAAACCUUGCUUGGCAUGCUGAAAUCAAUGGAGCUGCCUCCAGGAACGAAGGAUAUUCUGAAGUGUGCGAGGAGGAGAUUGGCGUAUUUGAAGGACAAGAAGAAGUUGGAUGAAUUUAAAGGGAAACUCCAGGAAAAUCGGGCGGAGCUGAUGCUGAAUUUGCAAGUGGCUCUCCGGUAAGUUACUCGAACUGUCACUCUUGUGACCUUACACGUCUGACAACUUUGUACAGAGAGGGCCAAUCUCAACGUGCGAAAAGCAUAGCUUCUCUCUCGGAAAGCUACCCUGAUUUAGAGAAGAACUUGACGAGGAAGAUUGAUGAACUUGGGAGUGAUCUUUCCAAAGCGAUCGAACAAAGGAAUGCGAGUAUCACGUCGAAUGAAUGGUUAGUGGGGAGCUUCAGCGAUUUAUCCAACCAGAUUAAGGAUAAUAUCAACGACUUUCACUCUUUAGCUACCGAUAUUCCUACGCAUCAUCGAAUUCUACGUCAGCUUGCGUAUAAUGGGAUGGAAUCUCGACGGUCGAAAAUCACAUUGGCUACAAGCACAACUCGCAGAUGGGUUUUUGAACACCCAAUUUCUUCCAAUAUAGAGGAUUACAUUGAUGACUCGGAUGAAAGUAGAAACAGCGAGUUUGACGAUGGCGACAGCGACUUUGAUUCGUAUAUUUCUCCCAGUGCCGCCAAUCCAUGGAUUGAGACAUCGAAAGAGGCGGCCAGUUAUUACAUGAGAAACUGGUUACGAAAAGGACAUGGUGUUUUCCACAUCAUGGGAAACGCUGGAUUGGGGAAGUCGACGUUGAUGAAGUAUAUUGCUCAACAUGAGUAUUUACAACUCGAGCUCAGCCCCUGGUCAGGAAAGAUGACUCUGGUCAUUGCGGACUUCUAUUUUUGGCUUUCAGGGGGAUCAGAGUUCCAGAAAUCGCGGCAGGGGAUGUGUAGGACUCUUCUCUUCCAAAUUUUGAGUUCUCAUCCACAGUUGAUGCAACGAUUAUUUCCUCGGCAAUGGAAAGCUCUCAAUACACCAGGGGACGCUAUGGUGGAAACACAACUGCUAUUCAGAGAGGAGGCCAUCGAAGAUGCAUUCAAGAAUUUUCUGAAUAGUAGGAUAAUGCCAGACUACAAGUUCUGCUUCUUUAUUGAUGGACUUGACGAAUAUGAGGGCAGUCUGUUAGAUCGUGAAGAACUAGCCCAGGAUCUUAAAAAAUGGACUUCGAAUCGCAAUAUAAAAUUGUGUGUAAGCUCGCGGUCAUAUCCCGAGUUCUCUGAGUCUUUUGAAUGUCCGUACACCCAGAAGAUUGAGCUACACCAUCUAAAUAUGGAAGACAUACACAUGUACUGCUCGCACAAAUUCGUGACAGAUAAGCACGGCCAAAGACUGGAUGAUUCUGUUCGGGAGAAGGUAAUUAGGAAGAUAACUGAGAAUGCUCAGGGAGUCUUUCUAUGGGCAUACCUUGUUGUUGAUCAACUUCUAGAGGCCCUUCGCAGUGGUUUGGCAGCGUAUGAAUUGCUCGAGACGAUUGACCAGAUACCAUGCGAAAUGGAGGAUUAUUAUACCAAGCUACUAAAACCGGACGGGAAAAACAAACUCAGCAUUUUAAAGGCAAAACGAAUGCUCCUUCUAGCAGUCGACAAUCCGUUUCCUUGGGACUUGGGGCAAUUUCCUUUUCCUGGGUUGGCGGAUUUGACACAAAUAACGAUGGCUUGGACGGCCCUAAUUUCCCACAGGACGCUUGUUGUGAGGCUUAUACUGAUGACGAAACGAAAAGGAGAAUAGUGCGAGUUUCCAAGCAAACAAAAACUCUUACGAGAGGGUUUCUGGAUCUCGUUUAUCACUACGACGCCGAUGCCAAUAGUGCCCGCAAACGAGUUUUGCGCAAACCUUUCUAUGGGCCGAGUGUACAAUUUCUUCAUCGCACUGCACGAGAUUUCUUUCUCUGCAAUGAAAAUUCGUAUAUUGAUUUGAGAUCCUCAUGGCCUGGAUUCGAAAAGACCAGC